GUAGCAAUACGAGGCUAGAGUUUUCCCUCAUUUUCGGACGUGGGACGCGAAGAUGGCAGCCUUAACAGGAGCAAGCCGCCUGACUUUGCAGGCCAGUAAGCAGGCAUUGAAGGCCAGUUAUGGCCAGCUUUGUCAAAAGCAGCUUGGGGCAGUCAGUGUAAUGCAGAAAAGGUACUUGAAUCUGCAAGAAUAUCAGAGUAAAAAAUUGAUGGCAAGAUAUGGAAUAAAUAUCCAAAGAUUUGAAGUUGCUUCAUCAGUUCAAGAAGCCUUGGAUUCAGCACAUUACUUAAUUCAGGGUGUCAAAGAACUAGUAAUAAAGGCCCAAAUUUUGGCUGGUGGGAGAGGAAAAGGAACAUUUUCAAGUGGGCUGAAAGGUGGAGUGCACUUAACAGAGAACCCAGAUGAUGUGAAAGCACUGGCAGAAGGAAUGUUAGGCCAUAACUUAGUAACAAAACAAACGCCACCAUCUGGUGUUCUUGUAAAUAAGAUUUCAGUAGCUCAGGCUUUGGACAUCGCAAGAGAAACAUAUUUAGCAAUUUUGAUGGACAGAGAAUCAAAUGGGCCAGUAAUUGUGGCAAGUCCAGAGGGUGGAAUGGAUAUAGAGGAAGUUGCGGAAAAAUACCCUGAAAAAAUAUUCAAGGAAUAUAUAAAUAUUGAAACUGGAUUGACAAAUGACCAGGCUUUGAGGUUGGCAACAAACUUGGGUUUCAAAGAUGACCUCCAUGGAUAUGCUGCACUACAGAUCAAACGCUUAUACAACCUUUUUAUUGGUGUUGAUGCCACUCAAGUUGAAGUGAAUCCUUUUGGAGAAACACCAGAUGGCCAAGUUGUUUGCUUUGAUGCAAAAAUCAAUUUUGAUGACAAUGCAGAGUUUAGGCAGAAGUCGGUGUUCCAAAUGGAUGACAAAUCUGAGACUGAUCCUAGGGAAGUCCAAGCAGCAAAAUACAAUUUGAACUAUAUUGGAAUGGAAGGAAAUAUCGCUUGCCUUGUGAAUGGUGCCGGCCUAGCCAUGGCAACAAUGGACAUUAUCAAAUUGCAUGGUGGAAACCCAGCAAAUUUCCUUGAUCUUGGAGGUGGAAUUCGAGAGGAUGGUGUAUACCAAGCAUUCAAAAUCAUCACUUCCGAUAACAGGGUCAAAGCAAUAUUAGUAAACAUAUUCGGUGGAAUCGUUGACUGUGCCAUCAUUGCUAAAGGCAUCACCAAAGCUAAUCGAGGACUGGACCUUGGUGUUCCUAUUAUUGUUAGACUUGAGGGGACAAACGUAACUGAGGCAAGACGAAUUCUGGAUUCAAGCGGGAUGCUGAUAGAAACAGCUGAUAAUCUUGAGGAUGCUGCUGUGAAGGCGGUUGCCUCGUUGAGAUAAUCACAAAGAACACAUCUAUUGCAAUCAAUCUUUUUGGUGUAACGUAUUUUCAUAAGAAAUUGUGUCUGUCACUACGUAAUUUUGUUAAUUGUGAUCAUAUAAUAAGAGCAAAGCAAACUCGAGGUAUUAACUGAUUGAAUAACUUUCCAAAUAAUAGCUUCUCCUUUGAAGGUAGGGAGAAGAUUUCGACAGCUAACAAGCGAGAAACCUUUUUAUUAAAUAAGGGCUUUAAAAGGACAUGGGUUUUGAGAAAAUUACAACGGCGUAUCUUGACUGUCUGCAGAAGAACCACCCCCCCUCCCUUAAAGAAACUUAAGAUUUGUAGAGUGCCAGUGAUUAUUCACCAUUUUCCAUUGAGCGUAUCUUGACUGUCUGCGGAAGAACCACACCCCCCCCCCCUUUAAAGAAACUUAAGAUUUGUAGAGUGCCAGUGAUUAUUCCCCGUUUUCCAUUGAGCUUUUUAUGACUUAUUUUGCUUAUCCUUGUACCCUAUACAUGUAAAACACAUUUCUUCUUAUGUUUGACGUAAUAAGUAAAUUUGUAACAAUGGAUAAUUGAAAAGUAUUUGCAUGUGUAUUUGGAA